AUGCCAGCGUCUCGGGAGAAAAAUGGAUCUCCAAUAUACUCACCUGUGGCGGACACUCGUCUGGAAAUAUCAUCUGAUACAUCUCGACCUUCGUCUGGACCUCUACAGCCGCGCACCCUCGGAUUCAAGCCCUUUGCUACUCCGGGCCCAGCACAUCUACUCUCAUCCCCUGUCGUAACAAGAGAUCCCCGCUGCCCGAGACCGCCCCCAGCUCGCUUACCGCCAAAGCCUCUGUACUCCAACGAGCUCGAGCGCGAUCCGCGUCCUCCGUAUACCCUCCCACCGUCCCCCGCUGUCGCGCCACCUCAACGCAAUGCAGCACCCUGUGACGUACCUGAGUUCAGGUGGGAGCGAUUCGACCGGAGCAAUCCGCAACUAGCUCUAUCUUCAUCUCCUGUCCGCGUCGCAGCGGAGUCGGAGGAGACAUUUUGGUCCCAGCCAGCACAAGCCAUUCUCGAUGCAAGUAGUCCCAGGUCAAGACACGACGCCAGCCCCGCCUUCUCUCCCCACACGCCUCCACGCGACACGCUCCCAUAUUCCCCGGCUCACAAUCUGCUUCGUCAUCCCGAGCAGCUUCGCGAUGCAGUCCCCCAAGCUUCCCCAACCGAUCUUCCCAAGACGCCCGUCUCUCAAGACCACGCUCCCGACGAAGAAGACCCCGACGGUUCUCAGGAAGGCUCGGGCGGAGAUGGCCUGUUCGCGUGGAUCGUGGCCCCGCGCGACCAGCCGGCCCCGUCGACGCCGCGUCGACGCUUGGCGGACCCGCGCACGGAGUUAGGGCCUACGCCUACGACGCCUAUGUCCGGUCCUGCGCAGGGCUCCUCAGGGCGUGGACGCGUUGUGUCAUCGCCUGACGCGAUACGGGAGGGUAGCCCGCCGACGCCGCCCUGUGGGCCUUCGUUCGCACCGGCCCCGGGGAUCUACAUAUCGCCGCUGCGCGGCGAGGAUGAGGAUACACCUGUGCCGAUCGAGACCAACCCUCGGUCGAGCGACCUUCGCCCGAAUCCCGAUGCCGUGAAGACGGAGAACGCCAGCCCCGCGAAGAGAAGCCUCGCCGAUGCGGCGCAGCUGCCAGUCAUACCCCGGCGCGCCGGGGAGGAUCCCGAGAGAAGAGAAGACGAAGAACAGGCGUGUGAAGGGCGCGAGAACAGCUCGAUAUACCGGGGUGUCGAGGAUGCGGCGACCCACAACUCCCCACAGCGCUUGACGUCGGACAUCGAGGAGGUGGACGAGCUGGAGGGCGCGUCGCAGGUGUCCCGAGACUCGAUUGAGGAUUGGUCGGACUGA